ACACGGAGGGGUGGGGGUGAAGAAUGGCAGGGGAGGAGAGAAAGUGAAAGAGAGGAGGGGAAAGAGCAAAAGAAAGAGAGGUGUCUGGAUCUCUAGUGCACAUCUCCGCAAAGCCGGUCCUGCAGUCCAACAGCCAGAUGAUGUCAUCAGAGAUCCUUGCUCCUGGUUGGCUGCAGCAGCUGCUUUUCGUGGUCCUCAGGUUCACUCUGUCCUGUGCUGCCCCGGUGGACCUGACCAAUGGGACGGCGUGCACCGCCCGAAGCCCCGCCUCUUACAUCCUGGUGUUCACUGGCCACUGGAGUCCACAGACGUUCCCGAAACAGUAUCCCUUAUUCCGACCGCCUGCACAGUGGUCCAAAUUAAUGGCUGUAACCCAUAAUGAGCAGUAUCGGCUCUGGCAGGAGGGGGCGACAGCAAGUGAUGGCAUGAAGAGUUUCGCAGAGCUGGGUCUGACAGUGGACCUGGUGAAGGCUGCAAAGGAGGCGAGAAAGAAGCGAGUAGUGGGCUCCAUGUAUCGCACCGCUGGAAUCCCAUCUGGCAUCGGGCACAGCUCCACAGAGGUCCUUUUCAUGCCCAGGAGUCCUCUGCUGUCUCUCAUAGUGAAAGUGAUACCCAGCCCGGAUUGGUUCGUAGGGGUGGACAGUUUGAACCUGUGUGAGGGUGGGCAAUGGAAACAGGAAUUGACCUUCGACCUGCACCCGUUCGAUGCCGGCACGGAUAGCGGCUUCACGUUCUCCUCUCCGAACUUUCCGACGACACCCCCAGAGAAUAUCACCAUGAUCACCUCCCAAAACCCAAACCACCCAGCAAAUUCCUUUUAUUACCCUCGGCUUACCGAGCUCCCGCCCCUGGCCACCAUUUGGUUGAAGCGGCAGGCCCGCUCACCUGUCCGUCAACAGAACCGGGUCUCUAAUCACAUUCUGCCUGACCUAACCAAACCUCAGAGAUUCUCAGAAACGCCGCUGGACUGCGAGGUAUCGAUGUGGUCAUCCUGGGGUUUAUGUUCUGGUCCAUGCUCUCGCGGCGGGCUGCGUCAUCGCACCAGGUACAUCCUGCUGAAACCCGCCAACAGCGGCACGCCGUGCCCUGAGCUGGAGGAACAAGAGGAGUGCACGCUGCACAACUGCCUGGCGAUUCAGUGAUGCCAGUCACCAUGCUGGCACAGACAUUUUGACGCUGCCCAGUUGAGCCUCAUGCCAUUACUGAGGCACUGCUGCAGAAUGAUGGAGAGCCGCACAAGUGGACGUCCGGCAUCCUCACUGGAAAAGAAUGGCUUGUAUUGAGACUUUAUGAGUGCUGUAUUUGCAGUAACCUCAAUGUAUUUUGACAUAAUCGCCCACUAUUGCCAAUAUGUGACCCUGUCUGUGAAAUCCAGGUUGAAGUUGAACUGUUAGUCCAUUAGUAGUCUGAUAAUGACCGACACUACGUCUCAGCUUUUGUGGUCGAAUUUGAUAAAAGACAGAUUUAUUAUGUUAAAAGAGCUGAUAAACCAACAUCCAGUAUCACUAUCUGAGCAAGUCCUCAAAACACAUUCACUGGCAUAUUUCAUUUAUCACAUAAAGGACCGUUAUUAUGUUGUGUAUAUAUGAGUUUGUGUUUCUCCUAUUAAAAUGUGGACUUAUC